AUGGGCGAGCGGAGGAGGCGCGCGACCGCUGCUUCCCUCGGGGGUGGCGGUGGCGGUGGCGGCGGUGGUAGUAUUGCGCCUGCGCGGGCCGAGGAGGGCAAGGCCGCGGCGCCAGGGAAGGCGCCUCCACCGACGGUGUGGUUCGCGCUCAAGCGGUCGCUGCACUGCCGCUCCGAACCGUCGGAGGUCCACGUGCCGCGCGCCAAGGCCGGACCCGUCGCGGGCGGGGGCGGAGGCGGAGGCGCGGCUGUCGGCGGCGGCGGCGGCCACCUGUCGUCGAUCGUCACCACCAAGCGCGCCACGCGGUCGGGUUGCUCUCGCUCCAUCGCCAACCUGCGGGAUGUGAUCCACGGGAGCAAGCGCCACCCGGGGCAGCCGCCCAGCAGCUGCAGCCCGCGGUCGAUCGGCAGCAGCGAGUUCCUCAACCCCAUCGCGCACGAGGUCGUGCUCAGCACCAACUCCCGCUGCGAGCUCAAGAUCACCGGCUUCGGCGCCGGCUGCGGGGGGCUGGCGGCCGUCGGGGUGGGCACCGCCGGCGGCGCCGCGCACGACGCCGACGGUGGCGGCGGCGGCGUCGUGUCGUCGUUCGUCGGCACGCUCCGCCCCGGCACGCCGGGGCCCGCGUGGGCCGGAGCCGGAGGACACGGCCUGCCGUACAACGGCUCCAUGCGGGGCGGCAGCGUGCGCUGCACGCCGCCGAGGUCCCCGAACAUGCUGCUUGAGCGGAACGGCUCCGUGGCGAACGGCAAUGGACACCGCGCGUCCUGCGACGAAACCGCCAAGCACGGCGCCGGCAAGGGCUCCUCCGGUGGGCUCAGCUGCCACAGGUGCGGCGACCAGUUCAGCAAGUGGGAGGCGCUGGAGGCGCACCACCUCUCCAAGCAUGCAGUGACGGAGCUGGUGGAAGGAGACUCGUCGCGGAAGAUCGUGGAGAUCAUCUGCCGGACGAGCCUGCUCAAGUCGGAGAGCAGCUGCGUUCGGAUCGAGCGGGUGUUCAAGGUGCACAACACGCAGCGGACGCUGUCCCGCUUCGAGGAGUACCGCGAGGCCGUGAAGCUCAAGGCGAGCAAGCUGCCCAAGAAGCACCCGCGCUGCCUCGCCGACGGCAACGAGCUGCUGCGCUUCCACGGCGCCACGCUCUCGUGCGCGCUCGGCGGCGGCGGCUCCUCCAGCCUCUGCGCCUCCGACAAGUGCGCCGUGUGCCGCAUCAUCCGGCACGGCUUCUCCGCCAAGAAGGAGGGCAAGGCCGGCGUGGGCGUGUUCACCACGUCCACCAGCGGCCGCGCGUUCGAGUCCAUCGAGGCCGGCGACGACGGAGCUGACCAGCAGCUGGGCACCACCACGCGCAAGGCGCUGCUGGUGUGCAGGGUCAUCGCCGGCCGCGUGCACAAGCCGCUGGACAACCUCAAGGAGUUCGUGGGGCAGACGGGCUUCGACUCGCUCGCCGGCAAGGUCGGCCCCUACUCCAACAUCGAGGAGCUGUACCUGCUGAACCCGAGGGCGCUGCUCCCGUGCUUCGUUGUCAUCUGCAAACCGUAG